GUCGUGACGUCACCGAGCACAACUUGGAAACUUCCGCACUUUUUCGGAGGCGAUCGUCCAAACCUUCCAAGUUUCCGAGUCGCAACAUGAUGGAAGCCAACUGUCGCGAUCAAACUGGCGGGACUGGAGAUGGUAAAGGCGGCCAGGACAAGGUCUCCAAGGUCUUGCCCGAGCUGCGUCUUGUGGUUGUGGGCUGGAGGUGGCCCGGCAAGAGCCUGACGGCCAACACCAUCCUGGGCCGGGAGGAGUUCCGCUUGGAGCGUGCGGCCGAGUUCUGCGUGAGCAGGCAGACGGAGGUCCAAGGUCGGCAGGUGACGGUGGUGGACACGCCCGGCUGGUACUCCACGCAGACCACGCCGCUGUCCUACAAGAAGGAGAUCACCCGAGGCGCCACCCUGUGCCCGCCCGGCCCCCACGCCUUCCUGCUGGUCAUCCCCGUGGGCAUGUUCACCGAGGUGGACCGCGCCCGCAUCCAGGAGCACGUGGGCCUGUUCGGCGAGCGCGUGUGGCGCCACACCCUGGUGGUGUUCACCUGGGCCGAGGUGCUGCGGAAGAUCUCCAUCGAGCGGUACAUCCGCCGUGAGGGCGCCGAGCUCCAGUGGGUGCUGGAGAAGUGCAAGCACAGGUACUUUGUCAUCGACAACUGCGUGUUCGAAGAGCAAGCUCAGGUGGGGCGCUUGAUGGAGAAGGUGGAGGAGAUGGUCGCCGACGAAGGCGGGCACUACCACCCGGACCGGGAGGAGGCCGACCCGCCGCCGACCCCCCUGGAUGAGAACCAGAACCCAACCAUGGAAGCGCAGGAGCUGGGCGCCAAGCCCAAACUCGCCUCCGACGUGACUUUAUCCCAGGAGGCGGCGCCGCUUUCCACCGAGUGACGCUAACGUUGAGUUAGCAACGCUAUGUUAGCACGGCUAGUUAGCACUGUUGUCACUUUGCCUUUCUGAUGGCAGUACUAGAAAAAGACAUCGGACCAAAAUGUCAUCCACUUCUUUUAUUUCUUCUUGUACUUCACCGGGAUGUCCGUCGGGCUACAUUGUGGUGGUCUACAGCAAAGAGCGCGGGCGGUAUAGCUCGGGUCGCAGCAACUUGAGGGUUCCAGGUUCGAUUCCCGCUUUCGCCAUCCUAGUCACUGCCGCCGUUGUGUCCUCGGGCAAGACACUUUACCCGCCUGCUCCCAGCGCCACCCAAAUGUAACAAACCCUGUUUCCAUAUGAGUUGGGAAAUUGUGUUAGAUGUAAAUAUAAACAGAAUACAAUGAUUUGCAAAUCAUUUUCAACCCAUAUUCAGUUGAAUAUGCUACAAAGACAACAUAUUUGAUGUUCAAACUCAUAAACAUUUUUUUUGUUGCAAAUAAUCAUCAACUUUAGAAUUUGAUGCCAGCAACACAUGACAAAGAAGUUGGCAAAGGUGGCAAUAAAUACUGAUACAGUUGAGGAAUGCUCAUCAAACACUUAUUUGGAACAUCCCACAGGUGUGCAGGCUAAUUGGGAACAGGUGGGUGCCAUGAUUGGGUAUAAAAACAGCUUCCCAAAAAAUGCUCAGUCUUUCACAAGAAAGGAUGGGGCGAGGUACACCCCUUUGUCCACAACUGCGUGAGCAAAUAGUCAAACAGUUUAAGAACAACGUUUCUCAAAGUGCAAUUGCAAGAAAUUUAGGGAUUUCAACAUCUACGGUCCAUAAUAUCAUCAAAAGGUUCAAAGAAUCUGGAGAAAUCACUCCACGUAAGCGGCAUGGCCGGAAACCAACAUUGAAUGACCGUGACCUUCGAUCCCUCAGACGGCACUGUAUCAAAAACCGACAUCAAUCUCUAAAGGAUAUCACCACAUGGGCUCAGGAACCCUUCAGAAAACCACUGUCACUAAAUACAGUUUGUCGCUACAUCUGUAAGUGCAAGUUAAAGCUAUACUAUGCAAAGCGAAAGCCAUUUAUCAACAACAUCCAGAAACGCCAGGGCCCGAGAUCAUCUAAGAUGGACUGAUGCAAAGUGGAAAAGUGUUCUGACGAGUCCACAUUUCAAAUUGUUUUUGGAAAUAUUCCACAUCGUAUCAUCCGGACCAAAGGGGGAGCGAACCAUCCAGACUGUUAUCGACGCAAAGUUCAAAAGCCAGCAUCUGUGAUGGUAUGGGGGUGCAUUAGUGCCCAAGGCAUGGGUAACUUACACAUCUGUGAAGGAACCAUUAAUGCUGAAAGGUACAUACAGGUUUUGGAACAACAUAUGCUGCCAUCUAAGCGCUGUCUUUUUCAUGGACGCCCCUGCUUAUUACGGCAAGACAAUGCCAAACCACAUUCAGCACGUGUUACAACAGCGUGGUUUAGUAAAAAAAAAGUGUGGUUACUUUCCUGACCCGCCUGCAGUCCAGACCUGUCUCCCAUCAAAAAUGUGUGGCUCAUUAUGAAGCGUAAAAUACAACUGUUGAACGACUGAAGCUCUACAUAAAACAAGAAUGGUAAAGAAUUCCACUUUCAAAGCUUCAACAAUUAGUUUCCUCAGUUCCCAAACGUUUAUUGAGUGUUGUUAAAAGAAAAGGUGAUGUAAUACAGUGGUGAACAUGCCCUUUCCCAACUACUUUGGCAGGUGUUGCAGCCAUGAAUUUUUAAGUUAAUUAUUAUUUGCAAAAAAAAAAAGUUUAUGAGUUUGAACAUCAAAUAUCUUGUCUUUGUAGUGCAUUCAACUGAAUAUGGGUUGAAAAUUAUUUGCAAAUCAUUGUAUUCCAAGCGGUAGUAAAUGGAUGGAUGGAUGUAUUCCGUUUAUAUUUACAUCUAACACAAUUUCCCAACUCAUAUGGAAACGGGGUUUGUAGAUAACGGGCUUCACUAUGUAAAGCGCUUUGAGUCGCUAGAGAAAAGCGCUAUAUAAAUAUACUCCGCUCACUCAGAACGUCUUUGUGGUGAUAAACAGUUAGCGCCUUUAGUCUCGCUAGAGCACAAUCAGCACUCUUCGUGGAAAAACUGUGAACGCUUUGCACUGUUGUGGAUUUGACGGAGAAUGUUGUAGAACAGUGGUUCUCAACGGUAUAGUUCGGUUGGUAGAGUGGCCGUGCCAGCAACUUGAGGGUUCCAGGUUCAAUCCCCGCUUCGACCAUCCUAGUCCCUGCCGUUGUGUCCUUGGGCAAGACACUUUACCCACCUGCUCCCAGUGCCACCCACACUGGUUUAAAUGUAACUUAGAUAUUGGGUUUCACUAUGUAAAGCGCUUUGAGUCACUAGAGAAAAGCGCUAUAUAAAUAUAAUUCACUUCACUUCACUCAAAUAAAUACCACCCUGGCUCUCCAAGUACCGCCUUGAUGACCAGCGGCCAAAUACAGUAGCGCAGUAGGCCUACGUGUUCAUCAGAAACACGGUCGAGGUUUUCUUUAACGAGUACUUUUAAUAUUAGCCACGGAUUUGAACACUAACACCGUGUUUGAAUAUAGGAGAGUAAAACUUAAAUCAACAUGCGUGGACAGCACCUUUUUGCUCUUAUUUCCAAAAUUGUGUACACUACUGAAUUGGGGUCUUAUGGCCACUUAUGUGGACACUUAUACUGCCAUCUGGUGGUGUCAGAAGAGUAUAACAUACAAUGGAAUUUGGGGGGAAAAAGGUGUAAAAAUAAGAAUUGGCAUGUCACUAAACAUGAAGUACACGUGUGUGUACUUAUGGACUAAGUACAUCCUAUAAAAAGAUGAUUUUUAGUUUUUUAUUGUAAUUAGGGUCCAAUAAGCCCAAAUAGAAAUUAAAAAAAGCAUGUAAACAAACAGUUUGGGCUUUAAGAGGUUAAGUAAUUAUUUAAGAGGUUAAGUAAUUAUUUUGCCCGAGCACCACCGGUUUGAGAAUGACUGUUCUAGAAGUUCUUCCACUCUGACAUGUUGUGUCUUUAUUCUGUCCUUUAUAUGUUUUAUUGAGGGUUUGAACGAGGGUGAAAGCAACACAAGUUAAAGUCAAAUAAACUGUUACGGGAUGUUCACCAACAAAACAUGUAAAGUGAAAUUUUGGGGUUACUGUUCGAGUCCUGCAUUCCGUUCAGCCAAGACUUGGCAGUGGACUGAUCGGGUGUUACUGGUGACCAAAUACUAAAUAAACGCACUUAUAACUGAC